CACUCUGCGGUGCGGCGGCGGGGCGGCGGGAUGGCUCCGGCGGGCGCUGAUCCGCGGCCCACCGCGCUUCUACCGCUCCUGCUGCUUCCGCCGCUCCUGCCGCUCCUGCUGCUGCCCAGCCGCGCCGCUGGCCUGGAGGUGCAGCGCAAGUUCCUCUCGCCCACCCCCACCAACAACUUCGCCCUGGACGGCCCUGGCUCCCGCGUCUACCUGGCGGCUGUCAACCGCCUCUUUCAGCUGUCGGGGGGCGACCUGGCGCUGGAGGCGGAGGCGGCGGUGGGACCGGUGCUGGACAGUCCCCUCUGCCACGCUCCGCAGCUGCCCCAGGCGUCCUGCGAGCACCCCAAGGUGCUCACCAACAACUAUAACAAGAUCCUGCAGCCCGACCCAGAGCAGGGCGUCCUCGUCGUCUGCGGCUCCAUCUACCAGGGCCUCUGCCAGCUGCGCAGCAUGGCCAAUAUCUCGGCGGUGGCCGUGCGCUUCCCGCCGGGCGGCAGCGACCCGGCCUCCGUCGUCCCCAGCAUGCUGAACGUGGCAGCCAACCACCCUAAUGCCUCCACUGUGGGUCUGGUGCUGCGCCGCGGAGGUGGCGGCGGGGCGCGGCUGCUGGUGGCCGCUACCUACACGGGCUUCGGCAGCCCCUUCUUCCCCCGCAACGGCAGCCUGGACGACCACCGCUUCGAGAAUACGCCCGAGAUCUCUAUCCGCGCCCUCAACACCCGCGGCAAACUGGAGAAGCUCUUCACCUUCGACAUCAACCCUUCCGACGACAAUGUCCUCAAGAUCAAGCAGGUCGACAAGGCGCGGCACAAGCUCAGCUUCGUCCGCGCCUUCCUGCAGCGCGGGGCCGCGCCGCCCUCCCGCCGCCCCUACGCCUACCUGGCCCUCAACAGUGAGGCCAACGCGGGCCUCAAGGAGAGCCCCUCGCACAGCCUGCUGGCCCGCAUCUGCCUGGGCGAGCCGGCUGAGGCCACCCUCAACGGCAGCGGCGAGACCAAGAAGCUGACCGAGUCCUACAUCCAGUUGGGGCUGCGCUGCGGCGGAACCGCCGACGCCUUCACCCGGCUCGUCUCCGUUUUCCCGGCGCGGGCGGCCUGGAGGAGACCCCCUGCCCCCGGCCUCCCCGAGGAGCUGCUUUUCGGCGUCUUCGAGCGGCCCGGGGCCGGCGGGGGGGCACGGCCGCAGUCCGCCCUCUGCGUGUUCCGCUUCGCCGAGAUCGAGGAGACGAUCCGGGCCGCCCGCAACUCCUGCUUCGUCAGCCCGGGCGCCGGCAUGGUCACCGUGCUGGACAGCGUGGUGCAGGGCACCGGACCGGCCUGCGAGAAGAGGAACAUACAGCUGCAGCCGGAGCAGCUGGACUGCGGAGCCGCUCACCUGCAGCACCCUCUGGCCAUCACCAACCCCAUCACUGCUACCCCCAUCUUCACACACAGUGGCCUCACUGCUGUGGCUGUCGCCAGCGUCAAUAACUACACCGUGGUGUUCCUGGGGACUGCCAGUGGAGGACUCCUGAAGAUUAAUCUGGACAGCACCAUGAAGCUUAUUAGCAGGAGAUCCAUUUCAGUGGCUUAUGGAGAGCCUGUCCACCCCAUCAUGCAAUUUGACCCUUCUGAUCCCACCUACCUCUAUGUGAUGACCUCCUAUCAGAUGACACGGGUGAAGGUGGCUGCCUGCAACCAGUACUCGACUUGCAUGGAGUGCCUGGCUGCUGCUGAUGCUUACUGCGGGUGGUGCACGAUGGAGACCAGGUGUUCUCUGCAGCACGAGUGUACAAACUUCACAGGGGCCAACUUCUGGGCGAGUGCAAGCGAAGGGGCAGAGCAGUGCCCCUCCAUGAGCAUCUUGGAGCCUGAGAUUAAUAUCGACAAAGAGAGCCCGGCCCUGAUAAUACAAAUAAAUGGAACUAUCCCAAACCUGAAUGGAACAAAUAUUUCAUGUGACUAUGGAAAUAAUAUCCACACGGUAGCCAGAGUUGCUGGAGAUUACGUAAACCAGUUCAUUUACUGUAGUUUGCUUCCGCGUGAGAAAUAUCCGACAUUUCCAGAUGACCAAGACCACGUGGUUGUCGAAGCUGCUCUACGGGUCAACAGCAAGAACAUUAUCCGAGCCAAUUUCACUAUCUAUGAUUGCAAAAGAACUGGAAACAUUUACCCAAAGAAAGCAUGCACCAGCUGCCUCUCAACACGGUGGAAGUGUCACUGGUGCCCCUCCACCUAUUCCUGUGUCUCCAAUCACUCGCAGUGUCACGACGUGCUGCAGAUGAAGAAUAAAAUUGACUGUCCACGAAUUGUACCUGCCUCACUGGACCCAAUGCCCACAGGGGUGUCUCGAGAUAUUACCAUCUCACUGGCUAACACAACUUUCUCCCAGGAGACAGCUCUGGAGUGCCAUUUUGGGACAGAUAGGACGUUUGAGGCCCGGUGGGUGAACUCCUCCACCGUGGAGUGCAUUCAUGUGUUGCUCCACACAGCAGAAAAAAGCCAUCUCUUCCCAGUGAACCUUCAGCUGAAGGACAGACCAGACAGAUUUAUCGACAGCCCAGAGUUGAUGACAGUGGAGGUGUACAACUGUGCGACAGGCAGCGCAGACUGCUCCCAGUGCCUGGGGAGGGAGGACCUGGGGCACCGCUGCCUCUGGAGUGAGAGCAGCUCCAGCUGCAGGCUGCAGAGUGAGCCCCAGCACACCUCGGAUGCCUGCCCAGCUCCCGAGAUCAGGAAGAUUGAGCCGCAGCGGGGGCCUCUGGAAGGGGGCACAUUGUUGACCAUCCACGGGAGGAACCUGGGCCGACGCUUCAGCGACAUCCUCGGUGCUGUCCGCAUCGGCAGCGUGCCGUGUGUGCCGCUGCCCGACAGAUACCUCGUCUCGGAGGCGAUCGUGUGCCAGACUGGAGAGGCUCAGGAGGCGUUCUCUGAUGUGCUGACGGUUAACAUCAGCCGGGAAGGGAGGUCCAGGGAGCGGUACUCCUACGUGCUUCCUGUGGUGCAGUCCAUAGCCCCCCUGAACGGCCCGAAGGCUGGAGGAACCAGGGUGACCAUCAGAGGCAGCAGGCUGGAUGUUGGCUCAGAGCUCCGUGUCCUCGUCAAUGCCUCCAAGCAGUGCACUGACCUCAGCCGCAGUGACAGCACCAUCACCUGCACCAUGCCAUCUGCACAGAUCACCGCGGCUGUGCCGGUCUGCGUCCAGUUUGAGAACAAGUCUUGUGCCAGCUACAACAUCACCUUCAAGUAUGAGAGGAACCCCAUUAUAUCAGACAUCAACCCCAAAAAGAGCCAGAUCAGUGGGGGCAGGAUCAUCACCCUGGAAGGAAGAGGCUUUGAGCUGGUUCAGAAUGUGUCCAUGAUGGUCCGUGGCAUCGGCAGAGACCAAACGAGCUGUAAGGUUCAUACCGAUACUGUCAUCACCUGCCCCUCUCCAGCGGCCUCCAACAUCACUGCAGGGAGCAAGCCCGCGCCCGUUGAUUUCUAUCUCAAUGGUCGCCUCUAUGCGGACGAGCGCCUGGCCCUGGAUGAGGAGAUGUACCCUGAGGAGGCCUUGCACAUCAGCAAGUUCAGCCUGGAGUACUAUGCUGACCCCCAGUUCUUCACAGCUAAGAAGGAGAAGUGGAUCAAGCACCACCCUGGCGAGCCCUUAACUCUGGUCAUACAUAAAGAGCCUGACAGCCUGGGCCUGGAAAGCAAUGAGUACCAGGUGAAAAUUGGACUGAUCUCCUGUGAGAUCCAGAUUGUUUCGGACAAAGUCAUCCACUGCUCUGUCAACGAGUCUCUCAGUACCUCGGAAAGGCAGCUGCCAGUGACGAUCCAAGUUGGAAAGUUCAACUACACAAUUGCAAUGCUGCACCUCGGGGGAGGAGAAACUGCAAUCAUUGUCUCCAUUGUCAUCUGCAGCAUCUUGCUGGUCCUCUCUGUUGUAGCUCUCUUUGUGUUUUGCACAAAGAGCCGCAGAGCAGAGCGCUACUGGCAGAAAACUCUGCUCCAGAUGGAGGAGAUGGAGUCGCAGAUCCGGGAGGAAAUCCGCAAAGGUUUUGCAGAGCUGCAGACAGACAUGACAGACCUGACCAAGGAGCUGAACCGCAGCCAGGGGAUCCCGUUCCUGGAGUACAAGCACUUUGUCACCCGGACAUUCUUCCCCAAGUGUUCCUCACUCUAUGAGGAGUGCUACAUCCUGCCCUCCCAGCAGCUCAGCUCCCAGGGGGGCUCCCAGGUCCAGGAAACUCAUCCCCUCCUGGUGGGAGAAUGGAAAAUUCCUGAGAACUGCAGACCCAAUAUGGAAGAAGGGAUCUCGCUAUUCUCCACCUUGCUCAACAACAAGCACUUUCUCAUUGUGUUUGUCCAUGCUCUUGAGCAACAGAAGGACUUUGCUGUUAGAGACAGAUGUAACCUGGCCUCCCUGCUUACUAUUGCAUUGCAUGGCAAACUGGAGUAUUACACUAGCAUCAUGAAGGACCUCUUGGUGGAUCUAAUAGAUGCUUCAGCUUCCAAAAACCCCAAGCUGAUGCUGAGGAGAACAGAAUCUGUGGUGGAGAAGAUGCUCACCAACUGGAUGUCCAUCUGCAUGUACAGCUAUCUCAGAGAGACAGUUGGAGAGCCAUUCUUCCUGCUGAUCUGUGCAAUCAAGCAGCAGAUUAACAAAGGGUCCAUUGAUGCCAUCACGGGAAAAGCCAGGUACACGCUCAACGAGGAGUGGCUCCUGAGGGAGAACAUCGAGGCAAAGCCAAGGAACCUCAACGUCUCCUUUCAAGGCUGUGGGAUGGACUCCCUGAGCGUCAGGGCCAUGGACACAGACACGCUUAGCCAAGUGAAGGAGAAGAUCCUGGAGGCUUUCUGCAAGAACGUCCCCUACUCCCAGUGGCCAAGGGUGGAAGAUGUCGACCUCGAGUGGUUUGCCACCAGCACUGACAGCUACAUCCUGCGGGACCUUGAUGACACCUCAGUGGUAGAGGAUGGCAGGAAGAAGCUCAACACUUUAGCACAUUACAAGAUCCCUGAAGGGGCGUCACUGGCCAUGAGUUUGUCAGACAAGAAGGACACCACACUGAGCAGAGUGAAGGAUCUGGACACUGAAAAGUACUUCCACUUGGUUCUCCCAACGGAUGAAUCAGUUGAACAUAAGAAAUCCCACAGGCAGAGCCAUAGAAAGAAAGUCCUACCAGAGAUCUACCUGACCAGGCUGCUCUCCACAAAGGGCACUCUGCAGAAAUUCCUGGAUGACUUGUUCAAAGCCAUUCUCAGUAUCCGAGAUGAUAAACCACCUGUGGCCGUGAAGUAUUUCUUUGAUUUCCUAGAGGAGCAAGCAGAGAAAAGAGGGAUCACAGACCCUGACACUAUGCACAUCUGGAAGACCAACAGCUUACCUCUGAGGUUUUGGGUCAACAUCCUGAAGAACCCCCAGUUUGUCUUCGACAUUGACAAGACUGACCACAUCGACGCCUGUCUCUCUGUGAUAGCCCAGGCUUUCAUUGAUGCCUGCUCCCUCUCUGACCUGCAGCUGGGCAAGGACUCCCCAACCAAUAAACUACUGUAUGCCAAGGAGAUCCCUGAGUACAGGAAGAUAGUGCAGCGAUACUACAAGCAGAUCCACGACAUGCCCCCGCUCAGCGAGCAGGAGAUGAACGCUCACCUCGCCGAGGAGUCACGGAAACACCGGAAUGAAUUCAACACCAACGUCGCUAUGGCUGAGAUAUACAAAUAUGCCAAAAGAUACCGCUCGCAGAUCGUGGCCGCCCUGGAUGCCAACCCCACAACGAAGCGCACCCAGCUCCAGCAUAAGUUUGAGCAAGUGAUUGCACUCAUGGAGGAUAACAUUUAUGAGUGCUGCAGUGAAGCCUAGGCUGGCUGCAGCCCCGGAAAUGACCUUCUCUGCAGCACAGUGCCAGAGGGAACCUGUCUUCAGCUACAGAUACACUGUGGAUUGCCUCUACCAGGGUCCUUCUCAAACCAACCUUGUGGUGGGGGUGGGCCUGACCUGCUGCUGAAGGACUCCCUCACCUAACAAGAAGCCACAAGACAACUUUCUGAGCAGCAAAAAACCCCUCUGGUCUGCACUGUGGUGGCACCCAUAAUUUAUUUGCCAGUGCCAACUAGAAAUGGAGACGUGACACUUGUGGCAAGCUCAGUUCACUACUCCCCUCUGAUCAGCACCCAAGUGGUCAGUGGCUCCCUGCAUCCCUGUUUAUGGUUCCUCAGGGCAAGAGACGGGGCUACAGAAGCUGUAAAAAUAGACAAAGCAGAAGGGGAGCCUCAGGGAGUAACAAGCAGAGACAGCAAAGGCAACUGGAACAUUGCCUGAGCUCCCCUCCACACCAUCCCUCUGACAUCCUUGUUUUUCCAACACCAGGGACUCUAUCAACUGUUCACUAUCUGCUGCAUUCUGUGUAGUUUUGUGCCUUUUAAUUUUUGUACUGUAUGUGUAAACGUAACCACUCCUUCAUCUGAGACUUGGGCAACAUGGGGAGCCCAGGGCUGAGGCAAAGCAGUUGCUUCCCAGGUAGCUAAGGCAUGGUGAAAGCACUUUAUCCCCUGAUGGAGACAGCUGGUGCAGAGCCAGAGGGAGCACGUUAGGUGCUAGACCAUGCAGGAAAGACCCUUUCCCCUUCACCAGAUCUGCAUGCAGUGAGCUGGGGUUGUAGUGGGUAGGCAAACAAUGGCCACCUUCAGCCAGCUGGUGACAGCCAUGGGCCCUGCCUGGCAGCAGAGGACCAGGCGUGUGGGAUGAGGGGCAGGACUUGGCCCCCACACCCCAGUCUCCAUGCUGCAUGCACAUCUGUGAUGCUGCCCCAGCUCAGCCCCACAACACUGCUUCUGCCAAGGGGGGGCCAGCUCCUGCUGGGAGCCCCCCAGCAGAGUGGGCUGGAGCCAUGUGCAGAGCAAAACAACAGAUAAGCACCUUCCCUCCCUCUGCCCCACGUGCUGCAGCAUCUCCCUGCAAUCUUCACCAAAAACAAAGCCAGUGCUACAGAGGUGUCUUCCUAAAGCAGCUUGUUCUGCUUGAAUGGGCCCAGACCACCUCAGCUGUCACCCAAGAGCAACCAGGUGACCAUGGCUUUGCUCUGUGUCCAGUCUUUUUUUUGGCCCCAAAAGGCAAAGGGAGCAGACCCCCUCCCCUGGCAGCUCUCACUCAGGCAGCCCAGCAGCUCCAGUACCCCAAGCUGCAAAGGCAGAAAGUGUCCCACACCUCCUUACCCUAGGGUGAGCCAGCAGGAUCCCUCUGCACAGACCUAGAAACUCUGCUGUGAUCCCGCAGCAUCUGCAGUGGGGCAAACCCCCAUCCUGUCCUGGUGGCCCCUUCUUCCUGCUGAAAGUGUCAUCCUUUCUGCAGCCAGGGGAGCUGUGACCACUUCAAUCUUCUCCAGCAUCCCCUCUGUUGAGGCUGAGCUGCAGCUAUCACCAUGUUCUUGAAGUCAGCAUCCACACACAGGCACAGGCAACCUGCCCCACAGGGGCUGAACCCAGCCAUGGCCACCACAUUUUCAAACUGUCAAAUAAGGGAAAAAAAAAAAAAAAAAGGAAGAGAAAAAGAAAAAGAGAAAAGGAAAAAGAAAAAGAAAAGAAAAGAAAGUUACUACCUCACUGCAGGCAGGGUCUAAGGUGAGGCUCUGUUACUCAUCCAGCUGGCAAGGAUGCUGCAGCCUGGUGUCUAAUGACUUUGGUCCACCAAACUCCUCCUGGGUGACUCACUGCCAUGGACAGGUGGCUUCCAUCCCAUCGCUUCCAGUUAUGCCACAUUUGUCAGAAAUUAGAUCAUCAGAAUUGUGUGUGUGUAUAUAGAUAUCUAUUUUAAACAAAUUAUAGACUUUAUCCCAUAUGUUAAAAGGGGGGAGGAAGGGGAGGGAAUGGGGAAGAACAGAGUUGUCUUUUUUAAACAAGAGAACUACAGAAAAAGUACAUACACUGUAGAGGUUUCAAUGCCUUUGCUGAGGAUGUGGCUUCAGAACAGAAACUCAAAAGAAUGUAGCUGGGCUACAUUUUAUUUUGAAACUGAUUUCACAAAAAAAUUCUUGAAUUUUUAUUAUUUUUUUUUUUUUUAGAAACUGUGAAUAGCUGCCAGAGAUAUAGGCAGGCCCAGCACAGGGAAGGCCAGGGUAAGAAGGACCAAGGUAGCUUGGCUGGAGGUGGUGAAAGGGCCAUGGAGCAAUAGCCCCAUGUUGCUACAAGGAAAGAGUACAGGUGAGCUGACAGCAAGUAUAGUUUGCUUCCAGGUAAUGUGGCUGGGCCAUGUAUCGGGGCCUAUUGCUUUAUUUAAUUUUUUCCAAAACAAAAAAAAAAUAUUAAAAAAAUAUAGUUGCUACAGCUAUUUUAAAGGAACAACUUUAACAGCAGAAGCUUGAGGGUUUGAAGUGUUGCCUUGAACCCCCAAGCCCUUUGUAACAUGUUUUUAAACUUUGGCACAUGUUGUGGGUGUAGUGCCCUUACCUGCUGUGUAGUGGAAGUGGCAGACUCUUGGAAAAGCCUAUCUUUAUAAUAAAACAAGGUGCUGAAACCCA